AUGGGUAGCCCUGUACCAGACUAUGUCAGUUUUGUCAUUGCCACAGACGGUACGGAAGUCCUCAGAGAAAAACGUUUUCCUACCACAAUUACGGUCGCAAACCUCAAGAUGAGGCUCGAACUCAUCACAGGAGCCUCGACGAAUUCCAUGCAACUCGAGCUGCGACGAGCGGACGGAACAGUCGCAGCGACCCUCGAGGACAACGGCGCCCGCCUCGAAUCGCUCCCGGUGGCCAACGGUCUUACGCUGUAUGUUUCAGAUCCUCACCUGAAUCACUGCAACUUUCAGGACCCCCCAUUUAACGAGAGGCACAGGAUAUCCGAAGAACUGUACAACCAGCGCACUGACACUGCAAGGAGGUUCCUACAGGGGUUGCGGGUGUUACGCCCCGAAGUUUUCGACGUGUGGCGACGUGCACGGCACUGUGGACCUUGA